UAGCAUCAAUUCCAACAGGUGUUUCUUAGUUCUCACAGUGCUCCUUUAAUCAAUAUCAAGAUGAGCUACAGCUAUGCUCACAGCAGCUCUUCCAGACCAGGUAGUAGCAUCUCCUCACGCCUUGCUGGUGUCUAUGGAGGGCAAAGUAUCCAUAGCGUGCACGGUGGCUCAGGGUUAUCCCAGUCCAUUUCCAGGAUGGCGUCUUCUGGUUUGGGAACUAGCUUAUCAUCUGGGUUUGGCAGUGGGGCAUCUUAUGGGGGUUCUGGACAUGGUGGCAGCUUUGCUUCCCACAGCGGUGAUGGAAUGUUCUCUGGGAAUGAAAAGCACACCAUGCAAAAUCUGAAUGAUCGUCUGUCUAAUUACCUGGACAAGGUGCGGUCUUUGGAAGAAGCCAAUACUGACCUUGAGAAGAAGAUCCAUGAGUGGUAUGAGAAGCAAGGCUCAGUCACUGUGCGUGAGCAAAACUAUUCGCCCUACCAUGCUACAAUCGAGGAGCUGCGUGAGAAGAUUCUCCAUGCCACUAUUGACAACAACCAGGUUUUAAUUGCCAUUGACAAUGCACGUCUGGCUGCUGAUGAUUUUAAACUCAAGUAUGAGAAUGAACUUUCCUUGCGCCAAAGUGUUGAAGCUGACAUACAUGGCCUGCGUAAAGUGCUGGAUGAAUUAACGCUUUCCAGAUCUGACCUGGAACUGCAAAUCGAGAACCUAAAGGAGGAGUUGGCUUACCUUAAGAAAAAUCACGAGGAGGAGAUGAGUGAGAAGGGCCAGCAAAUGAGCGGCACAGUGAAUGUAGAGAUGGAUGCAGCUCCUGGAACUGAUCUGACUAAGAUACUAAGUGAAAUGAGAGAGCAAUAUGAAUAUAUUGCCGAGAAGAACAGGAGGGAUGCUGAAGCAUGGUUUGUGUCCCAGAGUGAAUCGCUCCACAAGGAAGUUGUUUCCAACACAGAACAAGUCCAUUCUAGCAAGUCAGAGGUCACGGAUCUGAGACGUACUGUGCAAGGGUUGGAGAUUGAGCUGCAGUCUCAGCACAGCACGAAAUUAGGACUGGAGGCUUCCAUUUCAGACACUGAGGCUCGUUACUCUGCCCAGCUUCACCAUAUCCAAUCUGUAAUUGGUUCCAUUGAGGGACAGCUGGGAGAACUCCGCUCCGAUCUGGAAAGGCAGAACAUGGAGUACAAGACUCUCCUAGACAUCAAGGCUCACCUAGAGGCUGAGAUUGCCACCUACCGCAAGCUGCUGGAUGAACAUGACCAAAGCAUUGGUGGAACUCACAAGGAGAGUGCUGGUUCCAGCACAACCACUACAACCACUACUAAGGUCCACACUGUUGUGAAAGCAGAGGCACCUGCAACUGAAAAGAAGUGAACUUUAACACCACAUUCUAUGUGCCCAGAUCUUUAAAUCAAUGAGCCAUAUAUGUUAAAAGCAAAGCUUCAGAAAAUAAUUUGCAAUAAUAAACCAUUACAGCAAUAUAGAAA